CAGACCCGUCAGCUCGUGCUGUCUCGUUCGGUGUCUCUCUUCUGCUCUGUUGUCUCUUCCUGCUCAACCAACUCCUCCUCUAUCGCCGCCUCAUCUGCUCCCUCUCCCUCUCCCUCUCCCUCCCCUUUUAUCUCAUCUGACCCACUGCCACUAUCACGCCCCUCCUCAGCACUCAGGUCCAUUAGCUCUAUUUCGGGAAAGUACACCGAGCCCGUCUUCCCUCCCCCCUCGCCAUCUCGCCUCCCAAACAUGUGCUGCAGAUCAUGCUCAGCCUCACCACCUGAGUGAAGCAGAUCCACCGUCCUGGUCUGGAAACCUUCCUCCGCACUGUAGGUGUGCACAAACACUUCGCCAGUCCGCAGUGGGGAAGCAGAGGAGGCGCCUUGCGGCUGCUGCUCGGGGUGUGGGACCUGGUGCAGGUGUGCCGCCUUUCUGGGUUGCCGUCCAUCUAGGUUCCAUGUGAGGAAUCGAUGAAUGUCGCGCCAUGGGUUGUCGUCGGGGGUCAUGUCGGGGCUGUCCGGAGGGGGUGCGUCACGCUGGGCUGCACACAUAACAUACACACACACAUAGAUAGACGGAUGGAUGGAUGCGUCAGGGUAUAUGAGAUGGAUGGUCGAUAAGCUUGUCUGGUCUAUUCUGUGCUGUUUGUUGUGGACUCACACACCGAUAGCUUCGUAUGCUGCCUGCAGGACGGUCAGACGGUCGUAUCUCAGCCCCUGUGGACAGACACACAUGAGGGAGUGCAGUGCACGUGACUGACGUGCACGUCGACCGCCGCGUGUGUGGUGAAGUGGCCUACUCGCAUGAAGGCCUUGCGGUUCUUGAGGAUGAGCCCCUCACACUGAAUGUCAUGUGAAUGACAGGACUCGGUCCACGCACAAACAAGAUGGGAGCUGAGUGCCAGGCCCGUGUUGGAAGGCUGCGUCGGUCCGUUACCUUUGAGAAGACCUCCGUGUCAUAGAUGUCCAGCUGCACAGACAACACACACACACAACAUGCAAUCCACACCACCACACCCACCCAUCCACCAUUCAGCCACCCCCACCACCCCCUCAUGUCUGCCCUCACUCACCUUGCGCAGCGCUCCAAUCGUCAUGACAAUCGCGUCCCUGCCAGACAUUCAUACAGCAAUCGUCGCACCCGCGAUGGCUGGGCCCUCCAGCCAUGACCCUCUCACCCUCUCAAGCUUUCACCGACCUGUCGAAUCUGAUCUUCCUGGGCAGGUCGCUGACUACGUCUUGCGCCAGCUGUGCGGCACCCGCAGUCCAGGAUGAGCGCGGCAGACGGGCCAGCAGGGACAGUAGGAGGGCGAAAUCGUAGAAAGUGAUGUCGUCAGCUCGCUGCCUGUGUCUGCGGGAGGAGAGAGCCGGUAUGAGGUGGUGGUGCAGGAAUUUAGCGUCGAAGUGAUUCAGCAUCAUUAACCCGCGCAGGAUCUGACACACGUUCACACAUUUGUAAACACGCACAGACCAACGCCGUGUGCGUUACUUACAGCCGUCCGUCCGUCCGUCUCACCUACCUGGAGGUAUGAUUUGAAGCUGAGCGGUCCCAUGAUGCUCCUGAAGCCCCGGAUGAUGCCGUCGAUCAGCUGCCGGUCGUCACGCACCUCACCCCGACGGCUGCAUGCACUGCACACACACCCACCCAGACACAGACAGACAGACAGACAGACACCCACCCUCGUGCAUGGCAUGGCAGACAGCAUAUAUGUAAUUGGCGCCAGUGUGCGCACCGCACUUACAGCUGUUUAUGGAUCUGUGCGAGCCCCACGAAGAAGUUCUUGAGCUCCACAGCGCCGAACUGCCGCAGCCGCCCCUGCACAUGCCGCGUGAGGGCAUCGAAGAAACUUCUCUCGUACAGGCUCAACCUGAUGGACCAGCCACGUAGACAGACGCACAUAGCAUAGCGCCCGUCCAUAACAUCCAGCCAUUUCUGCACGUCCAUUGACUGACGCGGUGUGUCUCUCUGUUUUCAUUGGUGGGUGGUUCCCCACCCGGCGAAUGCGGUGCAUACGUUGGCCAGCUUCGGUGGUGUCAGGUCCCGGAAAUACGGAGGCAGCGCAUCUGAAGCACACGACAGACAGACAGCACACCACACACAACAUCACAUCAUCGCUCCACUUGGUGGGUCCCUUGGCCGCCCGCCCGCCCGUUCAUCGCUCACGUGCCACAAAGUAGAAGAGGUCGUGGUUGACCACAUGCCUGCAUAGCAUAGCAUUCACAUGGAGAGAGAGAGAAAGAGCGACUUUUGCCCACUUGUCCGUCCCACAAUAUGGACCCCCAUCAUUUCAUUCAUGGACCCAGACAGGCCUGAGAUGCUUACGUCUUUGCGAAUGCGUGUGCGAUGUCGGCGAGGUCUUUUGGUCGGAAGUCCGUUCGCCUCUCGUAGAUCUUCGGCACCAGACGAUGAAACAAACGACUGACGCACACACACACACACACACACACACAGAGAGAGAGAGAGAGAGAGAGGCGGCACACAGACAGUGAUAUGCCCGCUUGUCCGUCCCAUCCACCGUGGGUGCUGCAAUGCAAUGCGGUGGAGACCACCACGACCGUCCGCAUUUACCUGUCUGCGAACUGGAAUAUGCCGGCCGAGUAGAUGAUGCGUGUGAGGUCCAUGGCAGACAGCUCCAGGUGAGGAUCCUCGUCAAGCUGCAGACAGACCGCCACACGCACCCCCACCGCGGCUCACAUAGUGUGUGCAUCCUUCGUAUACCAUUACCAGAGCCAUCAGUCGGUUGGCGAGCUUCGUGAAGAGGUUGAAGUCGAGCAGACGCCGAUAGGAAUACGCUCUCAACAGCAGUGCAACGUCGGGCGCAUCGAACUGGUCAGCUGUCCGCAGCGCUCGAGCAGAUAUCGCCUCCCACACCUCCUUGUCAAAGUUGCCUGCACUCACCCGUGCACGCACACACACACACACACGCACACCAGCAGUUCAAGGACGCCCUCGCCUCAUCAGUCAAAUCAUCCACCAGGGGUGCCCACCGCGUUUGACGGCCAAUUUCGCCACUCUUGCCAGUUCCUUGGGCGGCAAUUCAUGGAUCCUGCCGCACGACUGAGCCAUGAGCAUGUCUGCUGUGGGCUGCCUGACCAGCGGCUCGUGCUGCACAGGCGGGGGGAUGGGGUUGAGCAGAGGCCCGCGGCGCCGUAUGAAGGGCUGUGAUGCUGCUGCAGGCUGUGCAGCCAGAGAGGAGACGCUGCGCAAGGGGUGGAUCACAGAUCGGCGAAUGAGUGGCGCUUGUGGAAUUGGCAACGACAUGGGCAUGACCAGGGCACCCUCUUCAUGCGCAGAUGCAGGCUGCUUUCAUCAGAUC